AUGGAAGAAAUUGAGCCGGACAAUACCCUCGUAUACUUGGUCGAUGAUUGUCAAGACUACGAUUCGGACAUGGACAGUAUUCACACCAUCAGCUCAGAGGCCACCAUGCAUACUAUGAGUACACUUACCUCUGAUGCGGUAAAUGAGUAUUUCCAGGAAAUAAACGGGCGGAUGUUCCCAAUCGACGAAAACAUACCUACUUUGUUCCCAACGGAUCACGCUGAAGUCCAUCGACUCGAGUUACAACAUCUCGAGCUCAAAGUUCUCUUGAAGGGCAAUUAUUUUGGACCUGUCAAGGAGAUAUUAGCGGAGAACGAGGGAGGGCGCCGUAAACGUGUACUUGAUCUACUUACAGCCGAUGGAACUUGGGUUCGUGAAAUGGCUGCAGAAUUUCCACAUGUCGAUUUUACGAGUGUAGAUAUUGUCCCCCUCGUUCCCCAUGUUCGAGUCGCCAAUAUCUUGAGCUAUGAAGUGUAUGACUUGUACAACGGCAUCGCCGAAAAUGACCAAAUGUUUGAUAUCGUUCACAUCAGGCAUGCCAUGUCAAAAAUCAGAGACUUGCCAGCGCUUGUAUUGGAAGUGCAUCGUGUGCUUCGCCCUGGAGGUCUCUUUCUUUAUGGCGAAUACCAAAACAAUGGCUUCGAUGCAUCCACUCCAGAUCAUUCUGCAGCAACGACUGCGCCCUACCUAAUCCGUGGGCUACGAAUCGCUCGGGAUAUCUAUGCACGUCUAGGGGCAUACGCAUACGCAUUCAGAGACGUGCCACCCCUAUUAGAUCCGAGCUGCGCGAUAUGGACGAAUCAAAAGGGGAAGGGCUUCGUUGGUAUCAAAGGGGAAGAGAAAAUGGUACCGGCGGGGCCUUGGCACCCGGUGCCGCGCAUGCGGGAUGUGGGUUUGAUCACACAGCAGGUUUGGUGUGAAACUUGGAGAAGUCUGCGGGCAACCUUUCUGAGUGAUGCGGGGAUGGAUAUGGAAGAAGUAGACAACCUGAUUAAUGGAGCAAUCGACGAACUGAUUAAUCCAGGGACGAGGCUUCUAUACGGCAAGUAUCAUGUACUAUAUGCGUUCAAACCCGCUUAA